CCCGACCCGACUGCCACCGCAAGCAACGAACGGACGACAACGACAACGACCACCACCACUAUACGGAGGAAUAUCAACAGUUAGGAAAGAACAGUAAACACCACCGCCAACAGUAAACACUAGACAAACAGCAAACAUGUGGAUGAUAAAUUGGUUUUGGGAUGUCCUUGCGUCGCUCGGACUGUCGAACAAGCACGCGAAGCUGCUGUUCCUGGGUCUCGACAACGCCGGGAAGACGACGUUGCUGCAUAUGCUGAAGAAUGACCGUGUCGCUAUCUUGCCGCCUACUCUUCAUCCUACUUCCGAGGAGCUCGCGAUCGGCAACGUCAAGUUCACCACCUUCGACUUGGGCGGUCAUCAGCAGGCGCGCCGUCUCUGGAAAGACUACUUCCCGGAGGUCUCGGGCAUCGUGUUCCUCGUGGACGCGAAGGACCACGAGCGUCUCCUCGAGUCCAAGGCGGAGCUCGACGCGCUGCUGAGCAUGGAGGACCUGUCCAAGGUGCCCUUCCUCAUCCUCGGCAACAAGAUCGACCACCCAUCCGCCAUCUCCGAGGAGGAGCUGCGCCAGGUCCUCGGUCUCUACUCCACCACCGGAAAGGGCAAGGUCCCGCUCGAGGGUAUCCGUCCCAUUGAGGUCUACAUGUGCUCGGUGGUUAUGAGGCAGGGCUACGGAGAGGGCUUCCGGUGGAUGUCCCAAUACGUGUAGAUUCCUUCCUACCCUACCCGCCAAAUCCAGUCCGGUCCGAUUCUCUUUUUGUUCGGUUUGCGCGUUCGUGCGUGCGUAUCGUUAACGUAGACAAGUUAUAACUAUGAUUACGAAUUGUGAGGAUGACAGGACUUGAUGGUGGGGGUCUAUAGUGCGUGUAAAAAAAACUUGUUCGGGAUUCCUUACUU